AUGGCUGAGAAGUUGGUUAGCGAAAUUCAGCAACAGCAGCAAUCACCAUCCGCAGACUCCACAAUGAGCGAAAGAUCCCUCGUACCAUUUGCACUGGUAAAUUUACUGUCAUCACUCAAUAAUAUCGAUCCCCAACAGCAAUCGCCGACUGGAGACGCUCCAAUGGGAGACCGAAACACGAUGUUGCCCUUCGCAUUGGUAAAUUUCCUGAAUAGCCUCAAUAUUGAUCAACAAGCGCGUUCGGGGCAAAGCAUCAGCGAGCGGACGCUGGAGGAGUGCUGGUCGACACUGCAGCGAAUCUUCAUGCACAAGAACGCAAUGCAAAUGCACGCCCGCGAGCUCCAAAGGGGUCUGGGCGGUGAAGUGAAGCCACACCAGUGCCAGCAGUGCCUCAAAUCGUUCAGCUCGAAUCAUCAACUGGUGCAGCAUAUACGAGUGCAUACAGGCGAGAAGCCCUACAAGUGCUCUUACUGCGACAGGCGAUUCAAGCAACUGAGCCAUGUGCAGCAACACACGAGACUGCAUACAGGUGAACGCCCCUACAAAUGCCAUUUACCGGACUGCGGACGGGCUUUCAUCCAGCUAUCGAACCUGCAACAGCAUCUGCGGAACCACGACGCGCAGGUCGAGCGGGCCAAAAAUCGCCCCUUCCAUUGCAACAUCUGUGGCAAGGGCUUUGCGACCGAAAGCAGCCUACGUACACACACCGCAAAGGAGCUUCAGCUGCACCUUGGUGUUUUGCAGCAACACGCGGCCCUCAUGAUCGGCGGCGCGACCGCAACGCCCUGCCCGAUAUGCCACAAAGUCGUAUUCGGGGGCGAAGCCCUAGUCGAACAUAUGAAGAACACCCAUAAGGAUCCCAACGCGUCCGGCGUUGCCAGUCCACCCGCCACUUCACCGUACCCAGCGCAAGCUAAACCAAUUGAUCCUUAUAUAGCGAAGCGGCGUACUGCAAACCACCCGUGUCCUGUCUGCGGGAAGCACUACGUCAAUGAGGGUUCCCUGAGGAAGCAUCUCGCCUGUCAUCCAGAAACGCAACUGACCAGCAGCCUCCGGAUGUGGCCAUGUUCUGUUUGCCAGGCCGUGUUUACACAUGAAAAUGGACUUCUCUCGCACAUGGAGCACAUGAGGAUGGAACCGAAACACCAGUUCGCGGCCCAGUACGUCCUCUCUCGGGCAGCGGCUGAGCGUAGAGAGCGAGAUAUCCUAGCUGCCGUUUCCGCUUCCGCUGGCGGAUCUGGCCUACUAAACCUGGCUCCACCGUCCCCAACCCAUUCAGAUUCCUCAUCUAACGGGCGGCUUUCCUCAUCGGCCGGGUCGGAAGCGGGCGCAACAGUCAACAAGCUCACCGAUUUACUCAGAUCCAAUAACGGACACCAAGCGUACGGUGACGAGAGAGUGGCGGCCAUAGCGGCGGCUGCAGCGAACAUGAUGGCCCAACCCGGAGAAGGAGCAAAUGCAGUGCAAGUGGCAGCCGCAAACUUAGUGUCGGCAAUGAGACAGCAACUUGCACGAGAACCACCGCAGCAACCAGAAACGCCCACACCGAACGAAGCGGCGCUUAGAAUGCAACAAGCCGAAGCGUUACUAAGAAGCCAGGCUGAAGCGCUCAGAUUGGCGGUCUCCCAAGCGGCAGCGGCACACGGCAAUGACGCCACUAGUCCACUUAGACAUAACGGCGGUUUUCCCGCACAGACUAACGACGUAAGCGGCCAACUCUCACCCGAGCUCGUGGAGGCGUUCAGAAUCGCACAAGAACAGAGACUAGAGCAAGCGUUGCGAUUGCACGAUCCGAGAAUGCUUGGCUUUAAUCUACCUUCACCGCAACAAGUUGCCCAGCAGGCGGCCCAGCAAGCUGUAGCUGCUCAGCAAGCUGCUCAGGCACAGGCUCAAGCACAAGCUCAAGCCCAGGCUCAAGCUCAGGCUCAGGCUCAAGCUCAAGCUCAGGCUCAGGCUCAAGCUCAGGCUCAGGCCCAAGCUCAGCAGCAACAUAUGCAAGCAGCUCAACAAGCCGCACAACAAGCAGUCCACCUACAACAAAACCCUCAACCAUGA